AUGCGAGUUGGAUGUUGCUUGCUUUUGAAGCCACUACGGCAGCGUCUAUGCACCGCCAGCAUCUCUUCCCGGCACAUCAUGCGCUGGUGUGCCACAUCAUCGUCGAACAUCAACUCCACCGAAACGGCUGCGAAAAUGCCUGACGAUGAUGUUUCGGGGUCACUUUCAGCGCCGUCCCUGUUGAAGUACAAGAUUGAACCGUCCACAGCAACGAUGGGCGCACCACGACCGCCACAUGAUGACGAUAGGGCAUUUUGCACUCUUGCCUCUUUCCCACCAUCGCACAUUCGAAACGUUGCCGUUGUUGCGCACGUUGAUCAUGGCAAAACUACGCUGAGCGAUGCCAUUCUGCGUCGCACCGGUGUGCUAAGUGGAUCACAGGUGGGGACGUAUACGGAUCGUCUCCUUGUGGAGCGUGAGCGGGGCAUCACCAUCAAGGCGCAGACGUGCUCUAUUUUUGUUGUGUGGGAUGGGGAGGAGUUUCUACUUAAUCUCAUCGAUACCCCUGGGCAUGUAGACUUUCAGUACGAGGUCUCACGAAGCUUAAGUGCCUCAGAUGCGGCACUGUUGCUUGUUGACGCUGCCCAGGGUAUUGAGGCACAGACGAUGGCGCACUUUCAUAUGGCACUAGAUCGAGGCUUAACCAUCUUGCCUGUGCUCACAAAAAUGGACGCCGUGCUCAGUGAUGCUCCAGUUGACCGUGCGCUGCAGGAUCUGGAAGACUCUACGGGCUUACUGCGCCGCGAGGUACUGUUUACCAGCGCCAAGGAGCAGCUUGGAAUAGAGGCACUUCUUCACGCCAUUAUUGAACGUGUACCUCCGCCAACUGGUCUACUGGGACUCUCCGACUUGCAGCAACUCCCGCCUCUUCUGCCCGGCAGUGCGGAGCGGGUUGCAAUGGAAGAAAAGAUGGUGCCUCUGCGUGCGUUGUUGUUUGACUCAUGGACCUCUGAGUGUGGCGGGGGUCUGCGCCGUCCAGCACCACGAGGCGGUGAAAAAGUCAAUAGUGGAAAUGACAAUGACAGGAAUUUGAUAUGUCUCGUGCGUAUCAUAGACGGGACACUGACAGCCAAAACGGUGGUAACAUUUUACCAGUCGCAAAGGCGGUGCGAGGCGCUUGAGGUGGGUAUCAUUCAUCCCGAACUGCGGCCUACGGCAGCACUUACGGCGGGGAUGGUCGGCUACGUCGUCUUCUCACAGGUGCGCGGUGAGGAAUUUUUGGUGGGUGAGACGCUCUACACGUUACCAACUCGGAAGUUUGCACGGGAGAAUAUUGUUCCCGUACCCGGUUUUAGACGCGUUCAGCCGGUUGUUUUUGCCGGUUUUUAUCCGGACGAAGGAGAGUACAUCACUCAAUUGCGGGAGGCGGUAGAAAAACUACGAGUCAAUGAGCCCGCCGUCACAAUGGAGCCUUUAGACUGCCCCGCGCUGGGAUCAGGGCUGCAGCUUGGAUUUUUGGGUAUGUUACAUAUGCAGGUGUUCCAGGAGCGUCUUCUUGCCGAGUUUGGUCAAAGAGUGCUCGUGACACCACCAUUGGUGCAGUACAAGUACCGCGAGGCGGGGAGUGAUGAAGAGGAACCCUUGAAACCUUUGACUGUGCAUACGUGGAAGUGGAUACAUGAAGGUGCAGCAUGUUAUUUAGAACCGUACGUUACCGCCACCAUUAUUACACGACGGGAGCACUUCCAAGCGAUUGAUGGUGAGGCUCUGCGACGAUUCCGCGGGGAACAAUUGGAUAUGCGUGUGCUAGAUGACGCGCGGGUUCUUGUGCGGUACAAGAUGCCUCUAGCAGAUCUUGCUCGUGGAUUCUUUGCGGUUGUCAAGAGUCUUUCACACGGCUAUGCUUCGCUUGACUAUGGCGAUCCGGUUUAUGAGGAAGCAGACCUCGUGAAGGUAGAUGUACUGGUACAGAAGUCACGUAUAUCUGCACUCUCUGUCAUUUGUCUAAGGUCUGAGGCCCCAUCCAUUGGUAAGCGUAUUGUCUCAAGUCUCAAAUCCAACCUCACACGUACCGCCGUUGACAUCCCACUGCAGGCAAUGGUGGGGUCAAAAAUUGUCGCCCGUGAAACGGUGAAGGCAUAUCGAAAGGAUGUAACGGCAAAAAUUCACGCAGGUGACAUUUCACGCAAGCAGAAAAAGUGGAAUGAUCAAAAAAAAGGAAAAGAGCGCAUGGCGCGGCGUACGGUGGGCGCCGUCACGCUCGAUCAAUCUAUUUUGGCUGCAGCAAUGGGUGCGAUAUCUCUGUGA